AUGGAGCCAGAGUCCAUUCAAUCAGGGCAGGUGGUGGAUCCUGAAGUCCGCGCUUAUGUCUACAAUCUCGUUUCUGCGCUUGGAGGCUCUGGUAGUAGCAAUACAGGGAAAUAUGUCUUGGGGGACGAUGCCCUUGCCUGUUUGCGCGAUAUCAAAAAAUGGCUCAAGUUCUACGACGAGAAGGCGAACCGUAUGGACGUGGCCAGCCAGAUGACAGUCAAUCAUCAUAGACAUAUACCAUACUUGCAGCAUUCGCAGGUUUUGUAUAAGCGUGGGAUUCUUGGAAAUGAUGCCACGGCCACUCUACGAACAAUUAUCCGUAUUGCCUUGCCAAGCAUGACCACUCCACGAUCAGACCGUUCCUCGCGAGACGAAGGGAUUCUAAAAUUAAUGCUGUACCUAUUCAGAAAUAUUGCGAUAGUAACGCCUUCGCAUCUAACUGCCGAGGGCGACGAGGAAGAAGCGUCGAAGUCCGCUACCAUAAACGUAUUUCAACAACAGGAUGUAUUUGCCCUUCUACUAGCAAUGUGCUCCAGUAUAGGAGAAGAUUUUAUUUACCAGGAUGUGGUUAUUCUAGAGAUUCUAUUCCAUAUUGUUAAGGGGGUCGAUAUAAAGAAGCUGUUCAUGAAUGAUACUCAACGAAAUAUUGCGGGAACGGAUGAUCUUGAAGCUCUCCUGGAUAAGGAAUCACAUUUAAAACGGGAAUACGCCAAAACUGCCCCGACCAGGCAUGGGCGAUUUGGCACGAUGAUCUGGGUGAAACGAGAUGAUGAAAAAGUAUCCACUGUUUCCGGCCAGGACGUACUCAAAGACGACUGGACGACGAUGUUGAAAAUGGACAAAUCAAAAAAGUGGGAUAGGCCGAAACAUAGAAAGGGGGACAUUGACACGUCGGUGAAUAACUUUAAUGUGCCAUCUCCCUUAACGCCGCUGGCGACCAAACAUUUAAGAACAUUCGUUGAAGAGUUUUUGGACUCUGGUUUCAACCCACUCUUCUCACAUAUCCGCAAAGCCAUUGAACGGGAGGCCGACCGCGUGACCGAGUCCACACCACGUCACUUCUUUUAUGUAGUCGCUUGGUUCCUUGAGGCUGAAAGGGCUCGGCGUACCCGCCAACAAGAAAUUCGCCAGCAAAAUGCACAUCCUUCGAGGGAUUUUGAACCGGACGGUUUCCAACUCGUUGCAAGCGUUCUCAACCAAGAAACUUUCAUUGCUUUAACCAGACAUAUGCAAAACUGUUUAGAUUUCAAGGAUUGGCAGGAUCUGAACGCCAGCAUGCGGUGUUUUACGCAAAUCCUUCUGACGGUCCAGCAGAUGUUGCAUUCUGACAUUGCUGAAGAUCAAGACAUUGCUGAAAAUAUAUUGAGCAGAAUAUUCUAUGAGGAGACAACACAUGACAAGAUAUUGGCUAUAUUAAGAGUCUAUGAAAGCCAAGGGUUCUGGUAUUUGGAUGCUUGCACUGAACUAGCCCAUGUCUUCUUUCGAUUAUUGGAACAGUACUCGAAGCAGAAUGAAUAUAUGCAGAUUCGAUCUCGGCGACGAGCCAGGCGCAAACAACGUAAGAAAGCGGCUCCCAAUCCUGAAAAUGGCGAAGCUCAAGAUGGUGACGAGUCCGAAGCCGAAGACUUGACCAUGGAAGAUGCAACUAAGACGAUAGUGGAAAGAUCUUUCAAUUUCCAACGUUUCGCGGCUAAAUUUUGCACCCAAAACUCUGUCAACACAUUCCUUGCAUUAACAGCAUAUUAUAGGGAGCUCAACGAGGAGCAGUUGAAACGAGCACAUCGAUUUUUCUAUCGCGUGGCUUUCAAGCAAGAGUUAAGCGUGUUGCUCUUCCGCGUGGAUAUAAUUUCGCUGUUUUAUAAGAUGAUAAAGGGUCCGAGAGGCCUUGAUUCGACUAAGCCAAUUUAUGUCGAAUGGGAGGAGCUCACACGACGAAUUAUUAGAAAGCUCGUCAAGAAAUUAGAAGAACGCCCGGAGCUUAUCACAGAAAUACUAUUUAGUAAAAUUAACGCCACUGUCUUCUACCUAGAGUAUGGCCAUGAGAGACAGACACUGUCGCAAUCGAAGGCUGCUGCUGAGUUGGAGGUGAAGCCCGGUGCUGCCAAUACACUAGAUUCUAAAUUAGGCAUUGUAGUAGCAGCUCUGCUCCUGGAAGGAAAAGAGAGCCUAGUACAAUGGUUAAUUAAAACCAUUGACACUGCGGUAAAUGAAAGGAGAAGCUGGGAGCUGGAAGCCGAAGCUAGGCGAUCUGAAUCUGGAGAGGAGCGUACCGCCAACACUCCUCCUUCAAUAGCUGUUAUCCCGUUUGAUGAUGCAUGUCGUACUGCCAUGUUCAAAAACGGACGUCUCCGUCUUCUAAUGACAUCAGCUGGGCUUGAGAGGCUUGGUGUUGAGGACACACUGGGCUCCUCGUGGAUAAUCCCCUCGUCAUUAUCGGCUAGAACUCUAGAAGAAACGAAAAAAUCAAUUGAAAAACACAAGGAGAACCCACCAACCGAAUUCGACGGGUUAGAGCCUCGUGAUCUGCUACGUCGAAAACGAGACAUCGACACUACGUUGUCCCACCAACGAACAUCAGGUGAAGUAGAUUUUGGAAACGAUUCGGAGGGCGAAGAUGACAUUGAUGAUGUCUUGUUCCCGCCAAAUCUCCGUACUAGAGCCGACACACUAGAUGAACGUAAAAAGAAGCGACUUAGGCGAGGGAAGAAGAACGGAAAGGAUGGUGAUGUCCUGGACGAAGCAUCAUUGGAAGCACGCCGUCUGGCACGACAUGCUACUGCAUUAGAGCGUCAAAGGAAAAUCAAAAGCAGUUUAUAUAUCCAUGCCAGUGAUGAGGAGUCGGAUGAGGAAGCCGAUAGAGAGUUCUUCGCGCGAGAGGAGGAGAGGAGGAGAAACCAGGCCAUUCGCAUCAAGCAAGCUUUAUUGUCGGACACCACCGGUGGAGAUGAUUUACCAGACCAAAAUUCUUCCACCAAAGCGAGGAAACGGAAGGGUACUGCAGACGAAGAUGAAGUCAACAAACGUCGCCGGAACGAUCAUCUGCUACCCGAUAGCGAUGAAGAAGUUGAUUUAACUAGCAUUGAUGGUCAUCAGGACCACGAUGAGGAAAAUAGCCUGAUGGUCACAAAAGAUGAACCAUCAUCAUCCUCCGAGACGACAUCGAUGUCAUUUGGGUGGUGA